UAGUACGUUCCAGUUGGUGUACUAAUCCUGCCACCUAUUCAUGUGACUGUCACCCCAGAAUCAGCAGGUUCACCAAGACAAAUUAAAAUUUCCUUAUAUCCAGAAAACUUUCAAUAACUGUGUAAACGAAAUCUGAAACUGUAACAAUUGUUACGCCAAGAGCAAGUAUAUGAAUAUUAGUGUCAUAUAAAAUAGCAUUCUUGCUUUAUAAAUACUCAGUUUGUCAAGAAAACGUAAAAAUAUCUCCGGUAAAAAAGUAUCCUAUCGGAUUAACAAGUGCACAAGUAUGGCAGAUAUUAAUAAAACAUCCACAGAAGUGUGCCGAGACCUUCACGAAAAUACUGAUGGUGGGUGCUGCUACACACAAGAGAAGAACCUACAAAAAGUUAUUUUGAUGAUCGAACCAAGUGAAUCUACCAAAACAUUAGUGCCAUGUAAACCUGCACACCCAAGGUUGUCUAGCUCAGGGCCAGUCUGCAGGAUCUGUCAUGAAGAUGACAGCAGUGAAAAUCUCAUAUCUCCUUGUGAAUGUACGGGAACAUUGGGCCUUGUCCACAGAAACUGCUUAGAGAAAUGGCUUUCUGCUUCAAACACAACUGAAUGUGAAAUCUGCAAGUACCAAUUUAAUACAAGUCGUUACCCCAGGCCUAUGUGGCAGUGGUUUAAGAGCCAUCGAGGAUUAGACUGCCAUCAGGGUCUCUAUGGGGACGUGCUGUGCCUCCUGAUCCUAACACCUCCAUGCUUAAUAUCCAUAUAUCUGUGUGGCAUGGGAUCUGCUAUGUACAUGAAACAUGGGCUGUGGGAAGCACUGGGACUCGCCAUGCUUUGUUGCUUCCUACUUGCCACAUUUGUGUUGUGGGUUGGUAUUACGGUGAGGUUUCACUGGAAUAUGUUGAGGAACUGGCAAAGAAUGAACCAGAUAAUACGGCUCAAAGACUUGCAACACUGUCAUCACACAAACAGUAGGUUGGAGAGGUCUGAAGUGAAUAACAAUGGUCAUCUUGAACAGAGGAAUACAAGUGUUUGAAAUGAAUGCUUUUGUCUAGUAUCUUUUGAAUUAGUAAAUACAUUUAAAAAGUAAGUCAUCUUAUUUAUCUGUGACUGAAAUUAUAAUAAAAUAAAUGCCACUGCUAAUUUUCAGGUAUAAUAAUACAGAUACUGGGAGGUAAUUUAAGCUCAGUAUUUUACAUGAAAUGUUUUAGUAUUUCAAAUGUGUUCCAUAAUAACAUGAAAAUCAUUCCUUUCUUCUACACUGUAGCUUGCUCUGAAUGAAAAUCUAAUGUCCUAUUUUCUAUAGUUAUCUUCCAGUUGUGUUAAUUUAAAUUAUGUAACAUUCUUCAUGCAUAUCAAAUUCAUGUGAUACCAAAGUGCCAUAAUGAUUGAUUCUUCUGCCAUUCUGAGGCAGAUUACUACUAAAUGUGUUUGUAAAUGUUUAAGUAUUAUAGUUUUAUAUCUAAAUAACUGUGCUUUUUUAAAGUUAUGUAAUUGUUAUGAUGUGAUUGAUAUACUACGGUGCUCUCUAUUUUCGGAUGGGACGAAGGCAAUCGGCAUGUGUUACUGGUACUAAGUAUGCUCACUGUUCAUGCUCCUAAUGAUGUGGAUGGUUGAAUAUGUUCAUAUUAUUUAUUUAUAACACCAAAAUCCAUUUUCUAAGCUGUCUUGAAAUAGAAACGAAUGUGGCACUGAAAUGCAAUAAGCACUAUCUUUUACAAUGAAGUAAUAUUUUGUAGUUAUAUUUCAUUAUUGUGCCAAGAGUUAUCAAGUGCAUAAUACUGGUAAGUGGUUUUUUGAUACUACUCUUCAAUAUGAAGGUGAUUUUUACAACUGUAAAAUUGUGGAUUGUGGUUGUUUGGUUUGUGACACCAGCAUUUCAAAAGAAUGUGUAUCUCCUUCCAUCAGGGCCUUCCACUCUGACAUUGAAGGUGAUAUGUUUCUUCAAAAUGUUGGUAGUCGCAGAUCUACGUGUUUUUUGCCUAGAAGACCACAAUCUGUAACCACUGUUCUAUUCUGUACAUUUUGAUCCACUAUCUAGUCAUCAACCACAAGUGCCUCAAGAAGUAUAAAUGUGUGUA